GCAGGCGGGCGGCGCAGUCGGAGAUGGCCGCGGCUGCGGCGGGUGGAGCCCCGGGCCCUGCCCCCAGCCCCACCAGGCCCCCGCCGCCCGCCGUCGCCUCGGCAGCCCGGGCCCCGCAGCAGGCCUUGAGGAGGCGCGGGGACUCGCGACGCCGCCAGGCUGCGCUCUUCUUCCUCAACAACAUCUCACUGGACGGCCGGCCCCCAAGCCUGGGCCCGGGCGGAGAGAAGCCCCCGCCGCCGCCUGCCGAGACCCGCGAGCCGCCCGCGCCGCCGCCGCCCGAACCCCCCGCCGGGCCACCCGCCAGGACACCCGCGCCCCAGGGCCUGCUCAGCCCCACGCAGGUGCCCACUGGGCUCGUCCUAGAUGGACAGCGCCAGAGGAGACGAGUCACCUCCCAGCGCUGCUCCCUUGAGUUUCUAGAAGAUGCAGUGGGAUGCAGCUCGGUACAGAGAACCAAGCACACCUCUGGGUCACCAAGACACAAAGGCCUGAAGAAGACGCACUUCAUCAAGAGCAUGCGGCAGUAUGACACCAGGAACAGCAGGAUCGUGCUCAUCUGUGCCAAGAGGUCCCUAUGUGCGGCCUUCUCAGUCCUGCCCUACGGAGAGGGCCUGCGGGUCAGUGACCUGCGGGUAGACAUCCAGAAGCAGAGGCAUCCAUCCGGUGGCACUUCCGUUUCUCCCGAGAUGGUCUUUGAGUUGGAAGGUGUCGAGCUGGGAGCAGACGGCAAGGUUGUGUCUUAUGCGAAGUUCCUGUACCCUACCAACGCCCUGGUGGCACACAAGAGUGACAACCAUGGCCCACUGCCCCCACCUCGGCCCAGCAUCCCCCGGGCUUUGCCAGGCUCAAGACACAAACCGGCUCCUGCCAAGUCAGCGCCAGCCAGCACAGAGUUAGGGAGUGAUGUGGGGGAUGCUCCGGAGUAUAACCCCAACCUGCUGGAUGACCCUCAGUGGCCCUGCGGCAAGCACAAACGAGUCCUCAUCUUUGCAUCCCACAUGACCACGGUGAUAGAAUACGUGAAGCCCUCAGACCUCAAGAAGGACAUGAACGAGACCUUCAGAGAGAAGUUCCCACACAUCAAACUGACAUUGAGCAAAAUCCGGAGUCUGAAGCGGGAGAUGCGGAACCUGUCUGAGGAAUGCAGCCUGGAGCCUGUGACCGUGUGCAUGGCCUACGUGUACUUCGAGAAGCUCGUCCUGCAGGGCAAGCUCCACAAGCAGAACCGCAAGCUGUGCGCUGGGGCCUGCGUGCUGCUGGCCGCCAAGGUCAGCAGUGACCUGCGCAGGAACCAAGUGAAGCAGCUCAUUGAUAAGUUAGAAGAAAGGUUUCGGUUCAAUAGGCGAGAUCUAAUUGGGUUUGAGUUCACAGUGCUCGUGGCUUUGGAACUUGCUCUGUACCUUCCCGAGAACCAAGUGUUACCUCAUUACCGACGCCUCACCCAGCAGUCCUAGCCGGGGCCCAGAGCACAACAGUGCCUCUGUCAACCCAGGCACUGAAGCCCUGCGUGUCCACCUGGCCUUUUCUGCAUCUGUGCAUCUAGCUGGUGCAGCUCGUUUCUUUGCACUGUUUCCUUGGAAGGGAAACUGCUCUCAUUCCAAAGUGCACACUUCUCUGAGGGCAUUUCUGAGAAUAUUCCUGGAUUUUUACAUGAACUGAUUGUGGAGCUUUCUUACUUUUUUUUUUUUUGAUGUGCCCAAGACUACCCUGGCACCAGACUGGCCUUGGGUUUACGUCGCCUAGUGUUAAGUCCUGACUUUGCGGUGCUCUGCCUCACCUUUGCAAACCUCAUCGCUACUGCACUAUCUGCACGGUCAUCAGGGUGGAGAUGUGGGUUUCCAAAACUCAACACAUCAAAGUGCUGUGUUUAACUGAUUUAAUCAUUCAUCUUGGAUGUUUGGAUGUGGAGACACAGCACUGAGGCUUCCCCAAUGAUGUCCCCUAGUGUCGACACCACUGGCCCCCUAGCAGCCCAGGCAGAGCUACUCCAGAGCUUUUUCUGCCUGAUUUGCCUGUGUCAGCAGGAAGAGCUUUUGAUGUCACAUUAGGCAACAAGAGAAGGCUCCUGACUUGUUCUGAUCUCAUUUUUUGGACUCUUGGACCUCUGCUCAAGCAUCGUUGUCACUGUGAAAUCCUGACCCUAUGUGUAACAGGGCCUAGCAGAUGCUCACCCAUGCCAGGAUCCUUCCUCUGCCUCACCAGGAAAACCCAUCACCCCUGACACUCUGGGCCUUUAGGACAACAGCUGAUUGCUGGCAUUUGACUCCUGAUUUUCCUAAGCAAUAGUCUGGCGGAGAAAAAUAACAUACUGUAAUUUGAGAUUUGGCUUUGAGGACCUUUAAGAACAGGAACUGCUUAAACAAGGUUUGAAACCAACUUGAACCACACUUGAUGCCCCAAUGGGAAGGCACUGACAACUCACCCUGUGUCAAGGCAGGAAGUGGCACUGUCUCAGCCAGAAAGCCCACUGUGCAGCCAGACCCCUUAAGUUCUCCCAGGUUUGCCUCAAGUUCCUACAGUCUGGUUCUCCAGCUGCCCAUCAAAACACUAAAGAUAACCAAGGAUAAGUUUCUACGGGUCAGCUAGCCUCAAAGACGGCCACUGUGGCUAGGCUACCAAGCCAUCUUUCCUAUUGCUAUCCUAAAAUCUGCCUGUCCCUGGGUAAGGGCUCUGGGACAAUCUCCACCUCCACCCCAUUAGUACUUUGCAUUCUGUUCACGCAGACUGGUGCUUCUGCAGAAAGGAAUGCCAAUUCUGCAGAUCACAGAAUUCAGGCCACCAGCAACGCCACCCAGGCUCCAGCAGAGGCACUGGACAGCUGCCUACCCACUGGCUUCCUACAGGCCUGUGACUACCCAGUCUUUUAUUCCUUUUCUGUAGCCACACUCUAAGACCCCAGAACUAGUCGUGUAUGAAGGAUACCUGGCAAAGACUGCAGUAUGAGUCUCCCCUAACAUGCAACCUGUCCUCUUUGGUGGAUGAUCCCCCUUAAGCCCAAUGUGCACCCAGGAUACUCCAGGCGGCUGGCAUGCCACAUAGAACACCGGGCCUAAGCCCCAAACUACUUUCCUGUAAAAAGCCACCUCCCCUGCCACCAAGACGGCAUCUUGAGGGCAUCAGCAUGGUAUGAGCACUGUAAAGGACUGGCUUUCAAAAUACUUGUUCCAGUUUACAACCCACCUUCAAGGGACAUAGUUCCAUGGGACUUUCUAUACAGACAAUAGCAAGAAAAUGCCUGAUAAGCACAGUAAUUUAAGUUUGUAUAUUUAUGUAGUGAGAUUAAGUCAUUUUACCAGUCUGUCUGAAGCCCUCUUCAGUAUGUCCUUUUAAAGAAUGCCAAGAGCUGCCACUGCAUGGUAUUCAAAAAUGACUGCAACAUAGCCUGAGCCAGCUGUGUACACUGUGUCUAUGAGGUGUUUGGCUGAGCUGUGACCAAAUGAAAACAAACCUGGUGCCGAUUCCUCAGCAGCUGGUGGCAGCUGUGAAUGUAAAUGUGCAUAAGUGGAUAUCUGACCUCAGAAUGUUUGUCAUGAUGUUCUUAAACGUACAAUGUAUUUGUGCUUUAAAAUAAACCUUGGUUUUGCAACAUACUUCACAAC